AGGCAGAUACUCGGGCAGCUCACAGAGUAUUGUGUUACUCAGCUGUCAGCUGUUCGUGUUGCUGCUCCAACACUUUGUUUUUCGUGUCAGUAUUUCUCUGUCAGUGAGUUUUUAAUAAAGGUUUCGCUUGUUAAAAUGCCCCGAGGAGGUAAGAAAGGCGGCCACAAGGGCCGAGUGCGGACGUAUACCAGCCCAGAGGAGAUAGAUGCCCAGAUGAAGGCGGAGAAAGAGAGGAAAAAGCAAGAGCAGGAGGCGGCGGAGGCGGGUGCAGCUCCGAAUGACAUGGCAGAGGAGAAGCUACCUGCAUCAGGAUCAGAGGACAGCGAUGAUGAGAACUCUCUGAGGAGGAGAGCAGGCGUGGAGGGCUUGAUAGAAAUCGAGAACCCCAACAGAGUGGCCCAGAAGUCAAAGAAGGUGACGCAGAUCGAGGUGGAUGAACCCAGGCAGUUAUCGAGGAGAGAGAGAGAGGAGAUCGAGAAGCAGAAAGCGAAGGAGCGUUACAUGAAGAUGCACUUGGCAGGGAAGACAGACCAGGCCAAAGCUGACCUCGCUCGCCUCGCCAUCAUCAGGAAACAGAGAGAAGAGGCGGCCAAAAAGAAAGAAGAAGAGAAAAAAGCAAAAGACGCAGCGGCAGCAGCAGCGGCGGCCAAAGGAGUAAACUCUCUGUCACUGAAAUGAUGCACAGUAUUUAUCAGAGGCACUUUCACAUGUUCAUGGACUGGCACAAUAUAUAUUUGACUAUUUUUAAAGGAGAAGCUAUAAUGUUGAUAUUACUGUAACAUAUGACCAUCUCAUUGGUCGAGGAGACACCAGUGGAGAGGGGUUGUGCAUAUUUUGGCAUGAAGUAAUGACCUCGUCGAUCCCACCGGGAAGCAAAGCUACGGUCUUCAUGUACGCUCGGAAUGAAGCUCGUCUAACCUGCGAUCUUGUACAUGGUAUUAAUAAUGGUAUACUUAUCAUUGUAUAAUUCCGACUGCUAACUGAGCUUUGCCACUAUUUUAUUUUAUUUUAUUUUUUCUUUUAGGAUCAUACAUUGUAUAUAACAGACUCUAUUUCAGAUUAAUAUGAUGACACCAGUAAAAAAAAAAGUGCAUUUUUUUUCCAUUUGCUUUAUUUCCCAAUGAGAAAGCAGGUUUUACCCGCCUCAGGUGCAAGAGUCCACUGAUAUGAAAAUGACAUGGGUCAAUAUAGCAGAUGUUUAUUUUGGAAGAGUAGAAGUAGAUUGUGGUGGUGCAGAGGAGGUUUUAGGGGUGUGUGCAAUGUAUACAGAGUGUAACCGAAAUCAGCAAAGAGUGACCAGAAGCAGCUAUAAGAUGAUAUAUAUUUUAGAGAUGUAUAAGGUUCAUGGAAAACAGAAGGUGUGACCGAUGCCCACACUCCUCCUCAUGCAGCAUGGAAAAGUUCACAGCUUUGAUGGUUCAACAUUGAAACAAUCACAUGUUCACAUUAACCACAUGAAUAUUAUUUAAAUGUGCAAUAUGUAUUACAUCAGAUCUAGCUGUGAAGAAUUGAGUUUUAUGAAGAAUAAAACAGAGAGAUUACGAAAUAAGUCUAAAUAAAUGAUGUUGAUGUUCUGACCCCUGAGUACUCGAUUAAAUAUUUUAUUUCACAUU